AUGACUUUUAUGCAUCAUGGUAUGGAUGAAUGGGCUGAGCCCUUCAAGCUUAACGGGAUGAGGUUCGUCAGAAGGGGACGGGAGUAUAUCCAUGCAACAAUGCGUGUAUCUAAGUCCUCAUCGGGCCAAUUACCAGACCAGGGGGCUCCCGUAAACGACUCAAGAGUCAACGUUGGUCGACAUGCAAUGUCAAACUCGUUCACUUCUCGCGGCUCUCACCACUGGCAGGGUUGGGAAGGAUAG